CGAUGUGGGGCUGGAAGUCAAACUAUGGAACAGUAGUGCAGGUGACUAGUUAUCAUGGUAUGGUAAAUUGUUAGGAGGAUGUCCUUGGAGACGAGGGGGGUGGGCAGGGUCAUUGACUUUGUGACUGGUGUAUAAAUGAAUCAGUCAGAUUCAGUUGUCUACAGAGCUUUUACCUACAUCAGCAUCAAAAGUGACCUUGUUUUUUUAAGGAUGAUGAGAUCGACCACGAUGUUCCUCUUGUUGACUCUCCUGGGAUUGGCAUGCUCUAUUGGCCCUACAGUCCCAAGAAAUCUUGCCUUGCGUGGAAAAGCUACACAGUCAGACCUCAUCGAGAGCCCAUGGCACGGUUUGAGUCAUGCCUCCAAUGCCAUUGAUGGGAACCGCGAUUCACAUUUCCAUCAUGGGUCCUGUACUGCCACUGACGAAUCCACUAACCCUUGGUGGAGAGUGGACCUGCUUGACACCUACAUAGUCACCUCCAUCACCAUCACCAACAGAGGGGAUGCUGUUCCUGAGAGGCUUAACGGGGCUGAGAUACGAAUAGGAAAUUCUUUAGUGGACAAUGGCAUUCAUAACCCUCUGGUUAAAACAAUUCCCUCUGUUCCAGCCGGCAGUUCUCUCACCCUUGCUUUUGACCCAAGUUUCGAAGGACGUUAUGUGAUUGUGGUUCUACCAGGCCAGCAUAGACUUCUGACACUCUGUGAAGUGGAAGUUUACGGAUACCUUGCCCCAACUGGAGAGAAUGUGGCUCUAUAUGGAAAGGCCACCCAGUCGUCUUUGAAUGAGUUUGGCAUUCCAGGCAAUGCUAUUGACGGGAAUCGCAACGCUAUUUGGAUAGGAGGGUCCUGCACCCACACUCUACAGGACAUCAACGCCUGGUGGAGGGUGGACCUUCUGAAGACCUACAAAGUGUUCUCCAUCAUCAUCACCAACACAGUCGACAGUGUUCCCAGCAGACUCAAUGGAGCUGAGAUUCGCAUUGGAGAUUCCCUGAAAGACAACGGCAUCAAUAAUCCUAGGUGUGCUGUGAUCUCCUCUAUCCCAGCUGGCAAUUCAAGCACCUUCCAGUGUCCGGGCAUGGAGGGUCGAUAUGUCAUCGUGGUCAUUCCAGGGAGGAAGGAGUACCUGACCUUGUGUGAGGUGGAGGUGUACGGAUCACCCCUGGAUGGGACUGGGCCUACAUGUAACUAAAUCAGAUCGUUAACUCUUAACAGCACCCUGCAAUGUUUGGGGAAUGUAUUGUCUUACGAAAACAAUUCAACUUUUCAGUAUACUAUCACUAUUCUGUAAGUUCGUCUUGCACACUGUUUUUGGAUGUUUGGGUAUAAAUUGACGAACACUUUUUGUAACACUUUUUAAGAACAACUUUCAUGAAUUAUUAUGUAGCCUAAUUAUUGGUUAGACAGUUAUCAUUCAUACCUUGAAAUGCAUGUAAUGCUGUGAAGUAAUGCUAUUAUGUUAGAAUGAAUGGUCCCGCUUUAAAUGACGUUCAGAUUAUAAAGGCUUCAUAAAGCCUUAAUAAUGCCUUCAUAAGCAGUACAUAAAUGUUUACAAAGCAUCUAUAACCAUAUGUCAUGCUUUAUAAAAGGUUCAUAAAUGUGGCAUAACUGUGUGACAUAAUCACCUAUAUCAAAUGUGAUAUAACCCACUAAGUCAAAUAUGAUAUAAACAUGUGCUUUAUAAAGGGUGACGUGCUGAAGGAUGGAAAACGCUCUAAAGGGAUGUCAUCUUAGUCACAUUACACCUAAUCUCGUUCCCAGACACUUCCGCCCAAAUGCUCAGAAGGUCUGAUGGACCAAUGCAUCAAACUUGGCCUUCAUUAGUCAGGGUUAGGUUUCAAAUCACAUUUUAACAAGAUAAAGUGUGGAAAUGGGCAGGGUUUAGCCAAAAUUAUGACUUUUUUGUUUGUUAAGUAGUGACGAUGACAAAUACUUUACUCAGUAAGGUCACUGCUAUAGAAUUCUAUAGUCACUCCCACUAUGCCCAAUUUUGAAUGGUUGAUAUCCCAGGCGUCAAUGUGCUGUGUGAGCAAUAGCCUGAGAGCAACAUUACACCAAGAAACACUUACCUUGGUGAAAGUCCCCAAUCUAAAGACAUUGAAAGUGUCUUUCUUCUGGAACCAAGUUACAUGUUCCUCAUUACACAAACAUGAAAACAACAAAAACGAGCCAUACCACACAGUGCUGGGCCCUGUGAAGUCUUUGACACAUUCACCCAUUUCCCCGCUGAAAGAUCAGCCACAAAAUGUUGUAAUCAAGUCUGUCUACUUUGGUCAUUUAUGACACAUGCAUAAAUGCCUUAUAUUAUAUGACGCUGUACUUAAUAUAAGGUCAGACACCUUUGGUCAUUCCUAACACAUGCAUAAUGGCUUAAUGAUGUUAACACAACUGUAUUAACACAUAGGGAAUUGGCAUUAAAUGAUAAAACAAGAAAACAUUAAAGAAAUGUUUAAACCAUACAGUACAUUUAUUUUAUUUAUACAUUUUUAAAACAAUACAAAUACAUGACAUUUCAAAAAGUCCAGCAAUGCCAUUACAUUGAACAUUACACAGGGCUGUGAAUAGUCCAGCUUGUCCCUGAGCUGGCAGGAGAACGGUUCUUGACUCCCUUCUUGCUGGAGGUACUGGGUGUUGGUUCCAACCUAAAUGAACAACAAAGUUAGCAGGUCUGUUAGGAAAGGUCGUUUGUCACACCAUCUAGAUAAGGGCAUUUCUGUGCUGCACAAGAAACUCUAAACGGGAAGAUGGGGAAACUCCAUUAAAAAUGUAUUGUUACAAUACAGCUAUGAGACAUGUAUGUAUGUAGGGGAUAUGUAUUUAGCUGAGCCUGCUAGCUAACUACAUUUUGUCUAGCUAGUAAUUGCUGUGAAGUCACCGAAAUGAUUUGAAAUAAUGAUUGAGGUAGCUACAGUAUGUAAUCUAACUCAACACUUAACUACUACCAACACAUUUAAAUCACAAUAAAUAAAGGUUAACUUACUUGUUUUGGGCAUUAUUCCCAUUCAAACUCCUAGAAUUUUGGAAAUGUUCCAAAUAAAGUCCCCCACGUAAUAACAGAAAAGUCUCAAAAACCAUUCAUGAUAUAUGAAAAAUAAUUGUCUAAAUAUUAAACAUAUUUUUAAGUGACAUUUGCAUUAAAUGUGGGUUUUAAAACAUGUUCCAAGGUCAAAUAAGUGCUCCCAAUGCAAAUCACCAUAUAUAGAAUACAUAUUGGCUUAGAGCAAUAACUAUUCUGGGUGCAGCAGUACAAGUAUUGCAGGGAAUACUCAAUAGGGUCUGUAGAAUGAAUGUACAGUGGGGAGAACAAGUAUUUGAUACACUGCCGAUUUUGCAGGUUUUCCUACUUACAAAGCAUGUAGAGGUCUGUAUUUUUUUUUUAUCAUAGGUACACUUCAACUGUGAGAGAUGGAAUCUAAAACAAAAAUCCAGAAAAUCACAUUGUAUGAUUUUUAAGUAAUUAAUUUGCAUCUUAUUGCAUGACAUAAGUAUUUGAUACAUCAGAAAACUGUAUAUAUACGUUGUCAUUUCAUGGGGCUCAAAAUAAUUUUGGAAUGUGGCCGGCCUUUUACUCUACCCAUUCUAUUGGCGGCCAGAUCACAUCAUGAGUGCUUACUGCACUACAGAAAGAAAACCUGCUAACAAAACAACAGUGCAGAGCAUGCUCAGUGAAUUAAAGAGCAACUACACUUACAAAUAUACGUUUCUUCGAUUUUUCACAGACCUCAAAAGUCUGAUGUGGUUUAAGAAUUGUUGUGAACACAGAAAAUGAAAUGUUGUUUUUCUAUUAAGAAAGUGCGAAAACACUGGGGGAAACCAGAAAGAAUGGGGAAAAUCUGAAACCCGGAAAAACAAAACCAAGAAAACAGAAUUUGGUGGGGAAAAAGAAGUAGGCAACUACAACAAACAGACUAACGAUUGUAAAAGGCCCUACCAAGGUUUUUUGCUUUGCAUGACUGCACUUUAGAGUCUGUGUUCUCCUGCAGCACAGCAUUUUGGGGGAAGCUGAAGUCAAGUCCAAUAUUGACUAUGCACCCAAGAGGGAAAGGGGAAAGGGGUUGGGCCAAUCUAGAAAUGACACUUUUAUCCAAAGCGACUUACAGUCAGUCAUACGUGAAUACAUUUUUACGUAUUAUAGGGUGUUGAAUCGAAUCGAACCCAAUAUCCUGUCGUUGCAAUGCUCUACCAAGAUGUAUGACAGGGUUAUAAAUGCUUUGUGAAGCCACAAUUGAAUAUGAUUUAUAAGCUCUUUAUUAAGCGGUGCUCAUGCCACCCUUUAUAAAGGACAGGUUUGUAUCAUUUUUGACAUAGUGGGUUUUGUCCCCUUAGACAUUGGUGGUUAUGGAGAACAGUGAUGCCACAUUUAUGAACCCUUUAUAAAGCAUGGCAUACGGUUAUAGAUGAUGUGUAACACAUUUAUGUAGUGUUUAUGAAGGUUUUAGGAAGCCUUUAUAAGCUGCACGUCAUUUAAAGUGGGACCAAAUUCAUGAAUAAACUUAAUUAAUACAUCUGGAA